GUGCGCGCUGAACUUGGUGCCUGGGGGUCCCGGCUGCUUGCGCCCUGAGGCCCUGGAACCGCAGCCAUGGUGGCGUACUGGAGACAGGCUGGGCUCAGCUAUAUCCGCUAUUCCCAGAUCUGUGCCAAGGCUGUCAGAGCAGCAAUGAAACCACAAUACAAAGCUGAGGCAGAAAAAGCUGCUGUGGCUGCUAUAAAAAUAGUGAAACCUAAAAAGGAGUAAGGUGAUUGGCCCUGUGAUGAACUUUUAUGGACAAAAUAUCAAGUGAAGACAAGGUCAUGGGUCUGCAGACGUGCAAUGUAGUCU